AUGGCACCCCAGCAACCUAUCAGUAUAAUCGGCGCAGGCAUCGGUGGUCUCACACUCGGUCGCUGCUUAUUGAAGCGCAACAUACCCACCAUCUUAUAUGAACGAAUGCCCUCAAGCCCACGCCACGGCUAUGCCAUCACUCUCCACCAAUCCACUUACCAGCCCCUUCUCGCCGCCCUCGACAUGGACGAAUGGACAUUCAAGCGCCGUGUGGCAGUCGACGGAGCUAUCGGCUGCAGCGGCAUCAUCAACUCCAAAUCUCUCAUCCAGCAAGGCAUAUCAGACUCAUCCCAAUCUUCAUCCUUCCGCGCCCAUCGUGAGAAACUCGAACGCCUCCUCCGCGAAGGUCUCGACGUACAAUGGGAACACGCACUCGAGAAGGUCGAGCCCAACAACAAUCAAGUGGUGCUCUAUUUCCAAAACGGCCAAAACCUCACCAGUGACUGCGUAAUCGGUAUCGACGGGCCCCAUUCCAACACAAGGAAAUCACUCAUACCCGCCACCGAGUUCACCAUCCUCCCCUUCGUGGCCUUUAACGGUAAACGGCGCCUCACGCGUGCGUUAUUCGAUAGGCUCUACGCACCAGCUAUGAAAGAUUCAACUGUGAUCGAGUUGAAGCUGAGAGAUGUCGUGCUGAAUAUCUCCAUCAAUGAAAAUACAGCCGACCAUGUCAGUGUAUCGUGGAUCUACUCGCGGCCAUCUCGGGGCUCGAAUGAUCCACUACACAAACCUAACAGGCCCGUAUCAGGCGCGACAGACAUCCCGACAGAAUUCUACGACGAGAUCAGCAAACUAGUGAACCUCGAGCAACCGUUCAAAGAGAUUUUCGACAGUGAGAAAUUGAAGCUUGAACGCGUGCUCCAUUGGCUUAUGAGGACUGUUUUGGUCAGCUUGCCGGAAUUGCAGGAGCUUGGCAAGAAAGGUGUUUUUUUCAUGGGGGAUUCUGUGCAUGCUGAGCCUAUCAUUGGUGGUCAUGGUGCGAAUGCUGCUAUUAGGGACGGUGUUGGACUUGCGAAGUGUAUUUCUGAGGAAGGAUCGGCUGGGAUAUUGAAGUGGUAUGAGAAGCAGUAUGGGGUCUGGAAACAAGGGGUGGAGAGUAGUGAGAGGAACAUAUCUGAGAUCCACUCGGAGCCCACUUCAGUCUUAUAG